GGAAGUGGGGGGGGGAAGGGAACUGGAGCCCGGGACGGGCCUGGGCUGGGCCGGGCCGGGCCGCUGCCGCCGCCUUCUCCUCUGAACUAGGAUGUCCCGACAUGAAGGUGUCAGCUGCGAUGCAUGUUUAAAAGGAAAUUUUCGAGGUCGCAGAUACAAGUGUUUAAUUUGCUACGAUUACGAUCUGUGUGCAUCUUGUUAUGAAAGUGGUGCAACGACGACAAGGCAUACAACUGACCAUCCAAUGCAGUGCAUACUAACAAGGGUAGAUUUUGAUUUGUACUAUGGUGGAGAAGCUUUCUCUGUAGAGCAGCCACAGUCUUUUACUUGUCCUUAUUGUGGAAAAAUGGGGUAUACGGAAACAUCUCUUCAAGAACAUGUUACUUCAGAACAUGCAGAAACAUCAACAGAAGUGAUUUGUCCGAUAUGUGCAGCAUUACCAGGAGGAGAUCCCAAUCAUGUUACGGAUGACUUUGCAGCUCAUCUUACACUGGAACAUAGAGCUCCAAGAGAUUUAGAUGAAUCCAGUGGUGUUCGGCAUGUACGUAGAAUGUUUCACCCAGGCCGGGGUUUGGGUGGCCCUCGCGCACGUAGAUCCAACAUGCACUUUACUAGCAGUUCCACUGGUGGUUUUUCAUCUUCGCAGAGUUCAUAUUCUCCAAGCAAUAGGGAAGCCAUGGAUCCUAUAGCUGAGCUUUUAUCUCAGUUGUCCGGUGUGAGGCGUUCUGCAGGGGGACAGCUCAAUUCCUCUGGCCCUUCCGCAUCUCAGUUGCAGCAACUGCAGAUGCAACUGCAGUUAGAACGGCAGCAUGCACAGGCGGCACGGCAACAACUGGAGACUGCACGUAACGCGACAAGGCGCGCCAACACUAGCGGCGUCACCACUACUAUUACACAAUCCACAGCAACAACCAACACAUCCAACACAGAAAACAGUCAGCAGGCUAUCCAGAACUCUCAGUUCCUCCUUACAAGGUUGAACGAUCCCAAGAUGUCUGAAGUAGAGCGUCAGUCAAUGGAGAGUGAGCGAGCUGACCGCAGCCUGUUUGUUCAAGAGCUUCUGCUGUCCACUUUAAUGCGGGAAGAAAGCUCCUCCUCUGAUGAGGACGAGCGUGGGGAGGUUGCCGAUUUUGGUGCUAUGGGCUGUGUAGAUAUUAUGCCUUUAGAUGUUGCUUUAGAAAAUCUAAAUUUAAAAGAGAGUAAUAAAGGAAACGAGCCUCCUCCACCUCCUCUUUGAUGACAUCCCACUUCGCAGACAAUGUCCUCUGUGCUGUAUUUGCCAAUGAAAGUGGACAACAACUAUCUUGGGUUUGUUUUGGUGAUUGUAAUUUCAGGUCUGUCACUCUUGUUACAUUGUGUACAUUCAAAGGAAGAGAGAAAGAUAUAUAUGAUAAUCAUUUCCACUUAAAAAUAAUUUUUACUUCUAGCAGGUAAAUGUAGGUUGCAGAUCAGAGGGAAAUCCUCUGUGCCCUGUACUUUUUGACAUGCAAAAAGGUUCUCCUAAUACUCCACAUUCAAACUGAAGAGGAAAAAAAAUGAAAUCUCUAAUGAAGCUGCUGUGUGUAUUUAUGAAUAUUAAUGAAUAAAAACUGCUUGGAUGGUUUACCUUUACUGCAUGAGGUUUUUUGCAGCGUGCAUGAGUUUUAGUGACCUUGUCAUUUAAAGAAAAUUUAAAUACAAGGAGUAAAACUAUAAACGACUCCCUCCCCCUCCCCCAAAAGCUUUCCCAUUAUUCAGAGGUUACAAGGCAAAGAGGUUAAUGCUCACUUAGCAUUGUGUGGCCAUCAAGUAGCUUUUGAAUAAUGUACGUCUGAACCACUUUUAUUACAUGUGCCGUUUGCACAUCAUGCAAGCUCUACAGUGGGACAGCUUGUUUCCAGGGUGUGACGUUUUGCUCAGUGUGACCCUUGUGUUGCUCUCUUUAACCAUCGCACAUCCACGUGGAGUUUCAGCCUGCUUUUUAUGCAUCUCUAGGAGACACAAAAGUAAGGCCACUGCCAAAAUCUUCUGGCAAAGGGGGCUUUUUGUGUGCCCUAUAAUCAAAAUACUUGUUCAACUUUGUUUAAAAGGUUUUUUUUCCUUUUUGUGGUUGUUAAAAGAAAACCAUUUUCAAACUGUUAAAACAUGUUUUAUUCAGGUGUAGAUUAUUCAUUUGCUCAUUGUCUUAAAAGAAAACAAAAGUUAACCUGGAUUAUGUUGUCUUAGUUUUAAAAAACCUUCACAGUCUCAAUCAUAUGUUUUUGAGUUAUUUAUGUAUUUGCUACCUAGUUUGCAGAGACUUGUCAGCAACAGGAGAGCUUGAGGAGGUUGACUUCCCAAACUUUUGUCAAUAUAUUACAACUGCAUUCUUAAUGCUAAUUCUAGCACCUUUUUAUUUAUUAUUUCUUGAUUUUUUUUUCCUGGUAUAAAAAAAGUAAAAAGCCUUUUUAAUUGAAUCAUGCCACCUACAUGCCUAUACUAUUAAUCCUGUAUGUAUAAAAAUGUACAGUGUUUUUGUGCAUAGACUUUCAUAAUAGCCCCAAGGCAGGGACAGGAGGGUUUUUUUUUGUUUUGGGGGGUUGGGGUGGUGGGGAAGGGAAUGUAAAGUUAGAUAUAAAGACAAAAUUGCACACAGCUUCUGAUUAAAUCUAAACUAGGCUUAGACAAUAAUCAUGUUUCUCUCUGGUUCUCUCACUUUCUUCAUCUCUUAUCUCCCUUCUCUACCCUUUCCACUUCUGCUACAUAGCAAGCAUCUUAGAAUUAAAUUGCAGACUUGAGCAGUAUGGUGGGGCUUUAAAAGGACAGAUUCUCAUCAAAAAUGGUAAAAAGCCCCACCCACUGGUUUUUGGUUUUUAGUUUGACUCCAGUUAUUUCUAUAUAAAAUACAGUACUAGAUUUGGUUCUUUUUUUUAGUCUCUGCAACAGAAUGUUCUAGGGGGGUAUUUUACAGCAGCCCUCUGGUUAUCUUGGGAGUUUAACCCAGCUAGGGAUUUUUUUUUUAAUUGUUGAGGAUUUUCAAAACCAGUUUUCAAGCUGUAGUCUUUUCAAACACACCUGCACAUUACAAUAAGACACGCAGUUCAAUAAAGCAUUUUCAAGACUGUUGUUCAGUUGGUUCUUCUUUGGUGUUGGCGUGUUAUCCAGACCCAUUGAUGCCAGGCAUUCUUUUUCAGUGAUCUUUUAAUAAGACCUACACUGGAGAAGUUCUUGGUUCGUAAGAUGACGUUGUUUUUUGUGAGUUUGUUUUGUUGUAAAAUGUAAACCUGCAGUGUUGGGGGGGGGGCAGCAUCUAUGUCAGAAGUACGGGUUUGAGACUGUUCCUAACUUAGGCACCCACAGCAUUCCGUCACCAGCUGAUAAAAGACAGAUUCAGUCUCUAAAGCCUCAACUACUGCGAACUCCCCAGAGUGCAAAGGUGUGUUACAUUUCAGUUUUUACAGGCUUUGUUAGAUGUUUGUUGGCAUCCUGCUCUUCAAUUAUGCUGCCAGUGUCACUACAAAUCAACACAAUUCAGCACAUGAAAGCAGAUGGCUAUCGCAGUAGACUAAAAUUAGAUCUGUUAAUGGUUAUCAGUGUCUGACAAUUUUGGGUUUUUUAAAAACACAUUUUUGGCAGGAAAAGGACAGAAGUGUUGGCACUAACCCAAGCAUUUCUGGGGACAGCAGUCCAGAGAUGGACAGCUGUACCCACAAAGGCCUUCACCACUCACUUAACAGGUUUGUGAGGGAGCCAAGGCACUUUCAAAACCUCAGUGAAACUUGCAAGUAGGUGUAUAGAUUCUGAUGCUGAGAAUAUAAUCGUGACACUGCACUCCUCAAAAAUGCAUUUCAGGCAUUGUAUGUGAACAAUUUGGGGGGACCUUCCAACCUACCUUUAAUAUUGGGAUUAGGCUCCAUAUUUCUGAGAGGUUCUUGGUGAAUGGGUCAAGUGCCAUUUUUGCUUGGACGCACCACUAAUUGCUGCUUGUUCCUGGUGCUAGGCUUCAUUCACGGUACAGGACAGUGGCCAAAAUGAUGUGCUAAAGUUGUCCACUGGGUGCUGAUUCCCUUCCAAUAAUGUCUCUACUUGUACACUGUUUAAAUUCUUGCAUAGAAUUAUGUUUUAAAGAAGUGUGCAGUUGUUGGAAGUAAUGUUUAUGUACUGUUUUGAGAUAUUUAAAAAGGUAUAGAACUCACAUGUCACAGGUUCACCAGUGAAAUGUAUAUACGUAUACUCUUUUGAGCUGGCUGCAGGUAGGGCGCCCUUUUUGCCAGUAACAUUUUGCUUCCCUUGAGUCAGUCCAAGAAAAAACACCUGGCCUGACUUCCAGGUACUGUAGUUGACAGCCCAUCUGUUCCAACCAGCUACUGUCCUGGGUAUAAUACUGUAAUCAGGUUAUUUGGAGAAACCUGUAUCAUGGCCAGAAGGGCUAUGUGUUUAUGAAAAGUGAUUUUAUCUACCAUACUUUUAUCAGAAGUAAUCCAUAUUAGCACGAGAGGCAACUUAGCAUCUCCUGUGAGCAGUCACAAUGUGCUCUUUAUUGGUGAAUGUUGUGUUUAGUGUUUUGACAUACUCCAUACUUCUCCUUCAACACCAAUUAAGUUCAAUCCCAUAUGACACAUUACUAACUUUUGGUUAGGCUUUUUUGAGAAUGAGAUAACAAAGAGAAGUCUACAAUCUUACCUAUUUUAUGAAGUUUAUCACUGCCUUCGAGGAUGCCUUCACACAAUGCAAAUACAAGCUCCUCCACAAUCUGUGUAGAUGAAAAUUACCUAUUGCCUGCUUGUUCAAAGCAACAUAAAGCAGUUACCACCCAACCCAGCUACAUCUCUUAACUCAUCCCAAGACAGCUCUUGAGGCAGUGCUAAUAGACUAUUUGUGGUGGUGGUGAAGAGUUCUGCAAAACCAGUAUUAGAGGAAGUUGCUAACCAAACCAAGAUAACAAAGCUUUUGCUAUAAAAGGCAUUUUCAAAACGGGGGUGAAAAAAUCAGGAAGAUAAACGAACAACAAAUAAGAGUGGUGUUACAACUUCCUCAGACAGAUUCCCUCCCCUUCCAAAUUGGGGUUUGAUGCUCCCAUUUUGGGGCUAGGGUGGCAUGCUGAUUGACAUUUGGCUCUCUUUCCUUUGGAAUACAUUUCUUCUGUGCAAUAAGAUUUUCUCGCCUCUAUCACGGUUCUAGGUUGAUAACUUUGAUUGUCCCACUGUUACUACCUAUAAUUACACUGCCUUUAAUAGUGUUGCACACUCAGUUUUUAACAUGUUCAAACGCCAAUUUUCAACAUGGAUAAAUCAUAUCAAAUAGCCCCUCUUUUCUUAGUGGUGAAUUGUCUUGACCUACCUUCACAGGACUAUUUUGAGGAUAAAAUGGGAAAGACCGUGCACAACAACCUGUGUUUUCUAGAGAAAUGCCGGGAUAUGUGUGUGAUAAAUAACAAUUGCUUCAUGUAAUAAAAAUCAGCACCAAGUUUUAUAUAAGCCUUUAUUUACAACUUGUUUAACAACUGUACACUGGUUUUGUAGCCUUGGAAGCAUUAUUAUUUGAAUGGGGAAGGGGAGGGUGCUUUGAACACCUGACCAUAUUACCUUGUCUUUACACACAUUCAUACCAAAACCACUACCAUGGCAAGAUGGUAGAUACAGGGUAAGAUUCAUAGGUGGGGAGAGAAUUAAUAUUUGGUGGUUGGAGGAGUUUACACUCUUACAGGGGGGGAAAAUAUCACUGGCGGUUUCAUAAACAGUAAUUUUGGUAACCAGUCAACAUCUAGGUCAGGACAGUCAA